GAACAUCAUGAAUGUAUUCAUAAUUCUAUCGGUUCUUUGGUUAAACGCUGCGGAUGCUGUUAAUCAUUCGUGCAAGGAUAUUUACCUAGCUAACCCCAGCAGCGCUAAUGGUACUUAUACAAUAUACAAUCGUAAAAACCAGUCAUAUAAAGUAUAUUGCGAAUUUCAUGAUAAAUUUGGAUACACCUAUGUGUCCAAGAACACUGCUGUUGAAGUCAAUAUCAACGACCUCUUCACAACAAGGGCUCAUGUCAAAGUAAGGCAUGUAAAGAAAAAUGGCGUCCAGGCAGAAACAAUUAUGGAAAACAUAAGAAACUACCCGACACAACCUCUCGGAAUUUUCUACAACCAGCAUGCAGGAUAUGCGGCAUCGGUCAAUGCGGCAAAUCUAGCACCUUAUCUUUAUUUGGGAUUCCUGCCUAUUAACCUGGCAAAUCAUGUAAAUCCGCAGGGAUAUCGCGCCUCGGGUCAGGAUUUUCAUUUUGUUAAUUGCGACAGAAACCCUAAUAGCUACUUUGUAUUUUACUUCAACCCCAACCACAAACAACCUGUUGGUUACGUCAACAAAUGUUGUGAGACGGCUCUUAUGCACUCCUGGAUAACGGUUGCUCAUAACUUACCUACAGCGUAUAAUAUGCCAGAUGAAUUUUAUUUUGACUAUGAACUACAUUUUGGAGGCUGUGGGGGGUAUGCAUUCAUUCAUCACCAUAAUGAUAUCAAUGGCGCUGCCCUCGGCGUGCGCUUUGAACAAAUGGAUCCCUGUAAGAGCUCUCCUUGCCAAAAUGGAGGUACUUGUUAUUCUGAAGGCGAGACUCAGUUCAUUUGCGAGUGCCCUGAUGGAUUCAUGGGCGAUACCUGUAAUGUCAAAGGAGAUCAUGGAAAUACUGGAAUAAUAGGCUAAAGAUACAUGUAACAUACAUGUACAGUGUAUAUUUUACCGAAGAAAAUAACAGAAAAAAGAUCUCAUUACAAUAAAGAGUCACGAAUAGAAACA